AUGCACCGCCCCGGGAGGAGGAUAGCCUGGGCCGCCGAGAGCCCGGAGGACCCUUUAGGGGUGGCGGCAGCAGCAGCAGCGGGUUCUGGGUGGAAGGGAAGCGACGGCGCCCGCUCCCCCCGCUCCUCUUCCUCGACGGAGGAGGAGGAGGAGAAGGGAGCAAAGGGGGCGACCCCGGAGCGGGAGGCGGAGGCGGGGGACGAAGGCGAGCAGCCCCUCCUGAGGGGGAUUUUUGGCGUCGGCAAGAGGAGCUGCGACGUGGUGCUCAGCGCGCAGAGGCUCAGCUGGAGCCCCAUCCAGCCCGAGAGGCCCGUAGGUGCUUCCAGUGUGGGCUUGACAAAUGAAGAGGAAUAUGUCGAAAUGGAAGAUGUAUUUUCCGUAAAACUGAAACGCCGUCGUUUUGUUGGGCAGCAAAAAGGUGGCUUAUUAUUAGGUAUCACAGUUUUUGUCUGCCUGAAGAAAGAAGGAAACAAACUUAAGGACUCUGUCAUCAAUUUAAGUAAUUUAAGUGAGGACCAUUGUUACCUGUGGUUUAAGCGUUUGAAGGAAAUUUUGAAUGGUUUUCCGAAUAGGCCAAAGUCAUUAAAAGUGUUUGUCAAUCCAAAUAGUCAUAGAAAAGAGGCUUCUCGCAUUUAUCACGAACAAGUUGCACCUCUCUUUAAGCUUGCUGACAUCAAGGCUGACGUUACAGUUACAGAAUAUGAAGGACAUGCUCUUGAAUUACUUAAGGAAUGUGAUCUGACGUCAUUUCAUGGGGUGGUUUGCAUUGGUGGAGAUGGGACUGCCCAUGAAGUUGCUCAUGGACUUCUGCUUAGAGCCCAGAUGGAUGCCAGGAGGGAUGGUGAUGACAUAAUUGCACCAGUUAGAGCACAAGUUCCUCUUGGAAUAAUACCAGCAGGUUCUACAAAUAUUUUGGCAUAUACUGUGAAUGGCAUUCAACACACAGUAACUGCAACACUGCACAUAAUAAUGGGGCAUGUACAGUCAGUGGAUGUGUGCACUUUUAGUAGUCCAACCAAGCUACUUCGCUUUGGGUUUUCAUCAAUGUUUGGGUUUGGAUCAAGGGCUCUGGCUUUGGCUGAAAAGCAUCGUUGGAUGCCAUCAAGUCAGCGAAAAGAUUUUGCUGUGCUCAAGACACUGGCAAGUCUGAAACCAGAAUAUUGUGAAUUAUCAUUUCUACCUUUGGAGCAAGAUGCUCAGGAGGAGGAUAAAAAGCAGCAAAAGAGACUUAAAUCUGACAGCAGGGAUCACUGGCGCAGAAUCCAGGGUCACUUCCUGAACGUGAGUAUUAUGGCAAUCCCUUGCCUCUGCUCAAUGGCACCAAGAGGCUUGGCACCUAAUACCAGAUUGGAUGAUGGAAGCAUUGCGCUUAUUGUUGUGCGAAACACUUCUCGUUCGGAGUUUGUUAGGCACCUGAAAAGAUAUGCUAGUGUGAAAAACCAGUUCAAUUUUCCAUUUGUUGAAGCUUUCAUUGUUGAAGAGGUAAAAGUCCAAUCAAGAACUAGAAAGGAACACAUCACUAGAGACAACUUGAAUUCCAUAGAUCCUGAAGAAAAGAACUACCCAUGGAAUAUAGAUGGAGAUUUAAUGGAAUGGCCAUCGGAUGUUUGUGUCCGGGUACAUCCCCGAUUAAUUAAUCUAUAUGGCAAGAGUGUUGAUGCAGUGGAUAAUCCAAAAGGAUCAUGCAGCUGUCUUUAGAAAACAUUUAGGAAGAGAAAUUAUGGAUUUUGCUGCUAAAUCGAACAACUCAGUUGUAUAGGAUAUGACUGAUGCAGAUUGAAACCCAAGCUUGGAUGAGGCAAAUCCCCAACACAUACUUAUUUCUGCAGGAAAACCGAAUGAUUUUUAUAUACUUGAUCGACAUUUUUCAGAGACUGAGAAGAGGUGCUGCAGGGAUAUGCUGCACAGGUAAGGAAGGUGUGGGA